AUGGGACAACAAUACGUGAUUCGAGAAGCAAAGACAAAGGAAGAGCUGGAUGCGAUAACGAACGUCAUAUGGGCUGCAAAUUACACACCUUACGAGCCGUUCAUGCAACUCUUCUUCCCUGUUCUCGGCUACACAACGGCUCAUCGCGAAGCUGCCAUCGCUGAAUCGAAACAACGCUUGUGGACACAACACCAAGCCGACAACUCCAGUCACUGGUUCUACGCUUUCGACACAGUCACUAAAAAGACUGUCGGUUGCUCGCAAUGGGUAAUUUCCACAUCGAACCCAUUUGUUGGAGGCAUACCGAAGUUGACCGCGCCUUGGUGGCCCGAAGGCGAACAUCGGAGGUUCUGCGAAUCAAUUCUCAAUCAGGUGUACAGGCCGCGCGCGAAUUGGAUGACGCGGCCCCAUUGUGCACUCAACUGGAUGGCGGUGGAUCCCGGUCAUAGAAAUCGUGGCGUCGGCUCUCUUCUCAUGUAUGUUGGUAUCACACGCGCUGAUGGGCUUGACCUUGAAUGUUGGAUGGAAGCGUCUAGCAUGGGCAAGCCACUUUACGACAAGUUCGGGUUCCAGUCCCUUUUGAAAGUUGCUUUCGACAACGAAGAAUCAGAAGCAAGCGACGAAUGGAGGAAGUGCGCACAUGACCUGACGCCUCAGCCAAUCUUUGCCAUGUGGAGACCGAAGAAGUCCAAUGGGUCGGGUCCCCAAGAAGCUUGCAACCUGCCAUGGGCGUUGGGCACUCGGUGA